GCAGCCCCGCCCGCCUGGCAGCUCGGAGAGCGGUGGGUGGCAGACCUGCCUAAGCUGCGCUGUCGAGCGAUUGGCACCGCCGUGGAGAACGGAAUCGCGCAGCUUCGCAUCGUGAAGGACGAGCGGCCCAAGGACGCAAUGAUCCCCAGGGGGGACAUGAUCAAGCUACCGAACGAGAUGUCCAAUGUCACGCCUGGCAAGAUGGCGGAGCUCUGGCUCGAGAUCGUCACCAUCUGCGACCCGUACGAUCAGAUGUACUGGCAAGCUCGCUUAGCGCCCGAGCCAGAGCCAGCUGCAAUGUAA